AUGCUCUUGGUUUCUUGUUUGUCCUAAUUUCUCUUCUUUUUGUUAGUUGUUAAUUAACGCUAUUUAUUAAUACUUUUGAUUGUUUAAAAUCUUUCACAUCGAUGUUAUAUUUAUAAUGGAUGUUAAAAACUCAUCGAUAUCCCAUCUCGUUAACAAAUCAACCACAAUCAUAACUAUGUCUGGUCUCAUGAAACAUCAACAAGGACCAUUAAUACUUGAUCUAUGUUCAGAUUUAACCGGUACCAAGUGAUUCUUGCCUUUUUUUAUCAACAUUAAAAGGGUUAAAGAUUAAAGAAACAUUGGCUUCUUAUUUGGAUUUUAUUUCACUGAUUAACUCACUGGUCGUCUCAACAUUUUAACCUUUGUGCUGUGAUUAACCAUUAUUUUAUUUAUCUAUUUGUGCAUUGCUUUUUUGAUUGGUAUUUAAGGAGUCUAAAGGAGUUGAAAGGUUCACAUUAUGAAUGAUCCAAUUACUCAGAUUACACCUCCUCCGGAGUUUAAGGCGUUCAAAUCUAAUAGAGAUGAAUCAACUUGUGGUGAUAAUAAUGUUCCAAGUCCAGUAAGUUCACCAUAUUCACCUACUCAUACACCAGAUCCAUGGGAAAUGCCUGUUACAUAUGAACAUUCUACUCCUUGGAAAGAAUUGACUGCAAGUGGAAAAUUUCGUCGAACCUUGAUAAUUCUACUGAAAAUCAUUUGUCUGCUGCUUCUGUUAUAUUCAUUUAUCACAUCGCUGGAUUUUCUUGCCUCUGGUUUUCGAUUACUUGGAGGUCGAGCAGCUGGAUCUGUUUUCCAUAAUAAUGAAUUGCUUCGUAAUCCAAUUGUUGGUCUUAUUAUUGGAAUAUUGUUCACCGUUCUUGUCCAAAGCUCAUCCACAUCAACAUCUAUCGCAGUCACAUUAGUUGCUGCAGAAUUGAUAAGAGUGAAAGAAGCAAUUCCUAUUGUUAUGGGGGCCAACAUUGGAACUUCCAUCACAAACACCAUAGUUUCAUUACUCCAAUCUACCGAUCGAAAUGAAUUUCGCCGUGCAUUUGCCGCAGCUACAGUCCACGACAUGUUCAAUUGGCUAACCGUUAUCGUCUUAUUACCACUGGAAGUAACCACCGGCUAUUUGGAAGUCACAACCAAAAUUGCAGUCAGUUCAAUAAAAUGGGAAAAAUCAAAUUCAGCUUCCCCUGAAUAUCUCAAAAAAUUAACUUCACCCUUCUCAAAAUUGAUUGUUCAGCUUGAUAAUAAUGCAAUUAAGGAGAUUGCUCUUGGCAAUUCAUCAACUGUCGAAUCGCUUCUGAAGAAAAAUGGUAAAGCACUUAUUAACUCGCUGCAGUUAUCGGACAAAACUUCGGGUAUCAUAUUGAUUACCAUUUCGUUGGUAAUUUUAUGCCUUUGUCUUAUAAGCAUUGUUAAGAUACUGCAUUCGAUGUUAAAAGGUCGGAUUGCUUUGCUAAUCAAAAAAUAUGUCAAUGCUGAAUACAGAUUACCUUGGUCAGUGUUGAUUGAUUACUUAGCAUUAUUGAUGGGAUGUAUUUUAACCAUAUUGGUCCAAAGUAGUUCCAUUUUUACUUCGGCGCUUACACCAUUAGCUGGGAUUGGAGUUAUUUCAAUCGAAAGAAUCUAUCCUUUAACAUUAGGUUCAAAUGUUGGUACAACUACAACAGGAAUCUUGGCUGCAUUAACGGCUGAUGCUUCUGUACUGGAUAAUACCCUACAAUUGGCAUUUGCACAUCUUUUUUUCAACAUUACUGGAAUCUUGUUAUUUUAUCCAAUACCAUGGAUGAGAUUCCCUAUCAGACUAGCGAAAAUUUUAGGCAACACAACAGCUAAAUAUCGUUGGUUUAGUAUCGUUUAUCUGUUAACAGUUUUCUUUCUGCUUCCUGUCUUCUUCUUUCUCGUCUCGCUGGCUGGUCCACUUACUUUUACAGUCGUAUUUACUCUAUUUAUUGCUACAAUUUCAUCAAUCAUAUUGAUUAACCUUAUGCAGUCUAAAAGGCCUAGUUGGCUGCCUUUGAAACUUCAAACAUGGAACUGGCUGCCUCUUUGGAUGCACUCGCUGGAUCCUAUGGAUAGUUUUUUGAUCAAAUUGAGUGAAAGUAUAAAUUGUCUUUACUGUUGCAUCCGACCGCAAAAUCGCCACGAUUCUUUAGCUUUGGGUUUACGAGCAAAUCAAUCACAGUUACAUAUGUUGGACAGUUCAAGGGGAGCCUCUGAGAUUCAUCUGUCAACUGGUUUCGAUAAUGUUACCUUUAUCAAUGUGAACGGACACAAAUACACAGCUGUUAACAAAGAUUCAACUCAAUUAUAGUAUCGUAAGCUACCAGAUUAAUGUCGUAGUGGAAUAUUAGCACAUUAAUAGCAUAUUUUCGCUAUUUAUCGGAUAGUUCAAUUUCAUAUUGUUAAAUUUUCUCAAUAGACGAAAAUUAAACAAAAUGCUGCUACCCGAUUUCGUGGGAUUUAUUCCGAAUUUCACGAGCAAAAUAGUUUGUUAAUAUAGUUGAUUAGUUCAAAUCUUGACUAGGAGUUGAGCAUGCAUCUACUGACAUUAUCUGGUAGGUUAUUGUAUUAAAAAUUAUUCACUGUUGCUGCCUAAAUUAACGUUUUCAUCAAUGUUAAAAACAUCUCAUUUUGGAUAUUUAAUAAUCUUUCACAGCCAGUUCAAGUAUAAUUGGCUUCAUCACUGAAACCGUAAAAUAUAACUAGUCCAUCAUUCACCAAUUUUCUCGUCAUCUUUAAAAAUAGGAUUUUAGUCUCGUAAUGUUCGUUUUGUGGGAAGCAUAUUCUUUCCACAUCUUUCAAGUGCCUCUCACAAAAAAAUAUUCAAUCGCAAACUGUUUUUUAUUGUUAUCAUUGAAUCAAAGCCGUUAUAUCAGCAACUUAUUCUCAGAUUCCUGAUUUCAUGCAGACCCAAAGCAAUCCAUCUACUAAGGUCACCAAUUCCAUGAGGUUUCAGAAUAAUCGUUUUGGGUUUAUUUCAACUACAACAGACUGUCAUUUGUAAUGGACAUAAAGACAUGACGGAUUUUUGUCUGAAUGGUAAACAAUUGAAAUUUGGAAUCAAUCGCAUUUUAAGCAGCUAUUCAAUCGUUUGCAGCUUUAUAAAUGAUUAAAGAAACGUUAAAUGGACAUUGUUGGAGUAUUCAAAACCAGAAAAGUCUUAAAUUUUUAUAGAUUUGAUUAUCAACUGAGAUUGAAUAUCAUCUUUUUUAAAUCAAAUAUUGCUACAUGAAAACCGCU